AUGAUGUGGACAGCGAGCGUCUUUUGCAUCCUCUGGGCAUCGUGUAUCCUCGGAGCUCCAGUAAACAAAGAAAGACAGAAGGUGCUGCUGAUCUCCUUUGAUGGUUUCAGGUGGGAUUAUGACCGCGAUGUGGACACUCCAAGCCUUGACAAAAUGGCCAAGGAUGGAGUCAAAGCUGCGUAUGUCACACCUCCUUACCUCACGAUCACCAGUCCUACACACUUCACCCUCUUGACAGGCCGCUACAUUGAGAAUCACGGGGUAAUCCACAACAUGUGGUUCAACACAACCACCCAAGAGAAAAAGGCGUACUAUCAGACUCUCUUUGUGAAUGAGUGGUGGGACAAUGGCACUCUGCCUAUCUGGAUCACAGCACAGAGACAGGGUCUAAAAGCUGGCUCUCUUCACUUUCCUGGCACAGCUUCCAGUUACCAGGGACAGGUUGCUAUGGUGCGGGAAUGGGAGCCACCGCUUUACAACUACAAGAAUGAGACCGCUUGGCGAGAGAACAUAGACAAGGUGAUGGGCUGGUUCAGGGACCAGGAUCUGGAUUUUGUGUCCCUGUACUUUGGUGAGCCAGAUGGCACAGGUCACAUAUACGGCCCGGACUCCCCUCAGCUCAAAGAAAUGGUCAAACAAGUGGACCGAACAGUGGGCUACAUUCGACACUCGACUGAACAACACGGGCUGAGCAGUCGACUGAAUAUCAUCAUCACAGCCGACCAUGGCAUGACCAAGGUGCAGCGUGACGGUCUGGUAGAAGAAAUCACGCUGUCCAAGAUCCCAGGUUUUUCGUUCCGUGACCUGUCCUUCCACCUGGUGGACUACGGCCCCUCCGGGAUGCUGUUGCCAAAACCGGGCAUGCUAGAGAAGGUUUACAACACUUUGAAGGGAGCUCAUCCACACCUGCAAGUGUACAAGAAGGAGGAUAUGCCAGAGCGCCUUCACUUUGCCAAAAAUGAUCGCAUCCUCCCCAUCAUUUUACUGGCUGACACUGGAUAUGUUAUCAAUGGGUAUUUCCCAGUUCAGUUCAACAAGGGAGAGCACGGCUUUGACAACCAAGACAUGGACAUGAAGCCUUUCUUCAGGGCAGUGGGUCCAGCAUUUCACAGGAACCUGGAGGUGGGGCCCUUUGAGACAGUGAACAUCUACCCGUUGAUGUGUCACAUCCUGGGCAUCACGCCGGAGGUCAAUGAUGGCCACCUGAAUGCCACCAAACACAUGCUGGUGACGAGUCGGGGUGAAGGUGUGAAUCACCUGCCAAAUGUCUUCAUUGGACUGGCUGCAGUAGCUGGAUUUCUAGUCAUAGUUUUCAUACUGACAAUAUCCCACAAAAUAUUCAAGAGCAAACGCAAGAAUAAGAGAUCCCCAAGUGUCAAACACCCUCCAGAAAACCAAGAAAUAAACCAAACUUCCUUUUGAUCAAAACAUCAAAAAGAGCAGUUAUUUCUUAAUCCAAGAUUGAGAAACAGCUGCACCUUCUGGUUGAUCCUCUUUCACUUAAUGUGAGGAAAUGCAUAAAUUGAAUCACACCAGGAACCGAGGAGCAGAGCUGUAUGCAAAUCUUUAUUUUGAAUUAUUUGUGGAAGAAUACAAAUUGAGUAAAGGUUGAAUAGAAUACAAUGUACAAAGCGGGGUGGGGGUGUUUUUGCUGAGUUUUUAUUUUGUGUUUGGUUGGAAAUGUCUCAGUGAACAAGGUUUAUCUGUGUACUUUAUGAAACACGUAAUAAAUAAAUGAAUAAAUUAAACUCAAGCACUAUUUUGUCUAUUAAUUGUGCAGCAAUGCAAGUUACACUGAAUAAGUGGAUCUGUAAAGCCUAGUUGGUAUUGUAGGUAGUUGUAGGUUAAUAACUGUACAUUUCAAAAAUAUUUAUGCACUAAAUCACAAACAAAUUAAACAGAAGACAUCCUUUUAGAAGCAUACAGGGUAAUAGAGUAAUAAAAUUAGCAUAAAAAUUCAACAAUCUGUAUUUUGUAAUCAGAUUUUAUAAGAAAGUAUUUAAUUUUACACAAGUCUGUAUUUCUAAUUUUAUUUACAAUAACAUGAGACUACGGUGGCCGCCAAGUGACAUCUUUCAGCGGCCACAUUCUCAGUUGCCGCCUCUCUCGCGGAAAAGUGUCAAGUUACAAACGGAGGCACUAAACUUCUGACUUUGACUUUCAAAAUAAAAUGGUUCGUUCGUGAUGGGAGUCACUCCACACUAUUUGUUCAUUUUUUUGGCCCUUUCUGUUAGAAUAAAAAAUGUACAUAAUUAAAAAUGCUGCCAGUACCAUGUUUCACCAAGUAAUGUCAGUAUUUCUAAUGCUUGUUAUGCUGUAACCUCUGAUUUCAUUUUUAUUUUUCUGCCCUUAAAUCAAUGUGUUCCGUGGUGUGAAUACUACAAGACCACAUUUUGAGCCAUCUAUGGACAAUUUCCAAAAAAUUAAAGAGAAAUCCACUUUGAAACACUAUUCUACUUGUGUUAGUCUAUCUCACAAUAUUUUUUGCUUUUAUGACACCACUAAAACUUCCAUGCAAGUGAUUUUUCUUCCAUUUUUGUGAUCCAGUAUUUCACAUUAAAAUAUUCUACUUGUUUAGUUUUGCAAUAUUGUGACAUGCAACUACAUAUAGUUCAGAAAACAUUAGUUGAUCACCAUCAGCAUUAUAAAUGUAACUGUUAAUCUGUUCAAAGAUGUGGCUUAAUGUUUUUUUUCAUAUCUCAACUCAGUCAAAGCCAGACAAUAUUUAAGGUACCUGUCCAGUAUUGCAGAUUGUGAGUCAAUUACAUUCUGAGAAAUAACAGUGACCGUUCCAAAUUUCAAUGUGAAAAACAUGCAGCUUCUUUACAUUACAUCUAGAGAAGCAUUUGAUAUGUCAAGCUAAAAUUUCAAAGAUGUCAUUAAAAUAUAUAUUGUUCAUGAUUU